CCGGUAUCUUGACGCUGCCAGCCUCCAGCAGCAGAAACGCCCUGCAUCCUCUACCUCCACCAUCUAUCCGCCGUGUCCUCCUCCAGCCUCCAUCCGCCGUCUCCUCCGCUCCUGCAGCCGCGGAGGAGCCGCUCUGACCGGGUAGGAACACUGACCGGCCCUCCGCUCAGAGAAAUGGACGUUUGACAGCCGAUAGAGACAUUUUACCCAGAAGAGACAUGGAUCCUUUGGCUUUCUCCUUCCUCCUCCUCGCUUCCCUGAGCUGCUUCCCCGCUUCUGCUGACAGGAGAUUCGGCUGCUUGUUCGACAACGAGCUGUGUUCACCGUACGAGAUCUGCGUCAACGAUGGAAUGUUUGGGAGGUGUCACUCUGUUCCGGUGAAGGAGGUUUACACCUACGAUGUCUCCCCGUCUGUGGUGCAACGAUUCAGGAUGCUGCUGGAGAAGCUGUCCAACAGAGGUUUGACCUGGGAGGACGAUGCCACCCAGCAGGUCCUGUCCAAGGAGCUAUCCAAGCUGAGGAGGAUUCCCUACAGGCCGCAGCAGAACUUGCCUGUCUACAACACCGACAGCAGGCCGGUAGCUGAAGCAAUGGACCCAGUGGACCAGAGGGUGAAGCCGGUGGAUGUGGAGCUCAGCAGAAACCUGCAGACAUACCUCCAACGUCUUGGCCUCAUUCCGAAGACUGCCUCCAGCCUGAGCUCGCCUGGCAAGAGUGACCGCUACCAGUCGGGCGUUGCUUCAGAUUUCUAUCGCUCCAAGGCCCAGACCUCGGCUCAGAAGUCGCCUCCCUCCGGCUUCUCCUCCGUUUCAUCCCUUCAGCCUCUGCAGAAGCAGAGACCUCCAGCCGACCAGCUCCUCGCCAUGCGGGCCGAGGGCGACCUUCUCCUGGGCGCCCUGAGGCGGUAUCUCUCUGGGCAUCUGUCCCCAAACGGCGGCGGGCCGAGUCCCGCUGAGGAGGAGACCCCCUCUUUCCGCCUGAGGCCCUUCUACGGCAACGGAAUAGAAAAUUCCGGCCUCAAAAAAGAGACUACAAAACCCCGGCUUCUGAAGAUGGGAAGAACUCAGGGGGCUCCGGUCAAGGACCCGCUCACAUCUGUGGACGAGAGGUUCAUCGAGAACGUUCUGAGGAACGUUGGCCGGCAGCAUGUGGACGUGGACAACCUGACGCCGCAGGAUUUGGACCAGCUGUCGAGCCUCAUAGCGGACGCCCUGCAGGUGGUGGACCAGGACCAGGGCCGGGACCAGGGCCUGUCUCGGGUUCGAGGACCCGGACCGAGGGACCUGGAGGAAGAACCGAGGGAGGAAGAUGAGGAAGAGGAGAAGCUGGAGAACGCUGGCACUGUGAAGCCUGAGGAAAGUACCGCUGAGGCGCUGGCAGUACUUCAAGAGCGCCGCUCGGAUCCAGAAGAGCAGAAUGUGAAGGACAAGGCCGAGAGCGGCAGCCUCUUCACCAAACUCCUCGCCUACCUCGACAAAACCCCCUUCACCGGCCCGCCACCGGCCAGAAACCGGUACGAUGUCGCUGUGGAGACGCCCAGGGACCAGCCGGUCGGCCUGGAGAACGUCCAGAGCCGGACCAGUGAGGCCGGCGUGACGGUGCAGAAGAAGGACGCCACCCAGUCCGUGGAGGAGGUGUCCGAGGUGGAGGGCUGGAUCAAGGAGGUACCGCCUCCUCCGGCUUCGCUCGUCUACGAGGAGCCGCACAAGAAGACGAUGCACGUUCCCGAGCUCCAGCUGGACGUCAAAGCCGGCAGGAAGAAGGCCGACGAUGACGUUUUCGGCUACGUCAUCACCGACACAGAUGGGCUCCAGACAGACGAAGGCCUCCACCUGAUGGAGAUUUUGGCUCGGAGGGCAAAAAUCCAGAUGACUGACUUCGCCGAGCUCUCGGUGGUGGGUCCGGCUGUGACCUUCAAAGUGAGCCCCAACACUCAGAACGUCAGCACCGCAGAUGUGGCCAACGUUGCUGUUCAGCAGAAAACCGAUCUGGAGAAGGAGGCCAAGGUCAGCAUCCUGGAGGCCGGGGUCGCCGACGGAAGCCAAAUCAACCAGAUCCCCACCAAGUACAGCCAGGCGGAGUCGACAAAGUUCCUCGUCCUCACCGUGGUGUCCAUCCUGUGCAUCGUCGGCGUGCUGCUGGCCUCCACUGUGGUCUACUGCCUCCGCCAUCGCUCCCACCACAAGCUCAAGGAAAAGCUCACCAACCUGGGAACGGAUACAAGCGGCGAUGCUACCGCCACCUAUCAGGAGCUCUGCCGGCAGCGGAUGGCGGUCAAACCUCCAGCCGAGCGUCAGGAGCCCAUCUCCUCCAGGAUCAACAGCGUCUCGUCCCAGUUCAGCGACGGCGGUCCGGCCGUCAGCCCCUCAGCACGGAGCAGCAUCUCCUCCUGGAGCGAAGAGCCCGCCCACUCCAACAUGGACAUCUCCACAGGUCACAUGAUCCUGUCCUACAUGGAGGACCACCUGAAGAACAAGGACCGUCUGGAGAAGGAGUGGGAGGCGCUGUGUGCCUACCAGGCCGAACCCAACGCCCGCACCGUCGGCCUCAAGGACGGCAACGCCAAGAAGAACCGCUCAGCUGCUGUUGUGGCGUAUGAUCACUCCAGAAUCACCUUGAAGGUGGAGAACAGCCAAGGCAACUCUGAUUACAUCAACGCCAGCCCCAUUAUGGAUCAUGAUCCCAGGAACCCGGCCUACAUCGCCACUCAGGGUCCGCUGCCCUCCACCGUGGCUGAUUUCUGGCAGAUGGUUUGGGAGAACGGCUGCGUGGUCAUUGUCAUGCUGACGCCUCUGGUGGAGAACGGGGUGAAGCAGUGCUACCAUUACUGGCCUGAUGAAGGAUCCAACCUGUACCACAUCUACGAGGUGAACCUGGUGUCCGAACACAUCUGGUGCGACGACUUCCUGGUUCGCAGCUUCUACCUGAAGAAUAUGCAGACCAACGAGACUCGCACUGUCACUCAGUUCCACUUCCUGACUUGGCUCAACCAGAACGUGCCGGAGACCAGCCGGACGCUGCUCGACUUCCGCAGGAAAGUUAACAAGUGCUACCGGGGACGCUCGUGUCCUAUCAUAGUCCACUGCAGCGACGGAGCUGGAAGAAGUGGAACCUACAUCCUGGUCGACAUGGUCCUCAACAAGAUGGCUAAAGGUGCCAAGGAGAUUGAUAUUGCAGCGACUCUGGAGCACCUGCGGGACCAGAGGCCAGGGAUGGUGCAGACGAAGGAUCAGUUUGAGUUUGCACUGACGGCCGUCGCCGAGGAAGUGAAUGCCAUCCUGAAAGCUCUUCCCCAGUAGGAAGAAGCUCCGACUGGAGGAUCCUCACUGCUGUCGCCUAACUUCGUUUCCUCAUUAAUUUGUCUCCUCUUUGUGCUUCACUUCCACCUCAUCCUGUCUUGUCUCUUCUUUCUAUCCUUUCAUUUAAUCCACGUUUUCCUUCUUCAUUUUUGUGUCUCUGUUUUGUCUCCUUUCAUCCAAUCUGUCCAUAUUUCCUUCCUUCCUUCCAUCUUCGUAAAAACAUCGUGCCAGGAAACAUUGAACCAGUCCUCUACAUAGAUAGACCUUCCUUCUAUUGUAAUGAUCCCGUCAGCCUGUUUUCCCAAAGUCGCAUUUCACUGCUGUUCAACACAGUUUUUUAAGGAUUGCUAAGAGAAAAAACUAACAAAAAAGGUUUCUCUAUGUUCUCUUAAGAGUAUAUUUAUCAUAUUUUCUGUUCCUAGAUCAACGUUAGCAUCAGCCGGGUAUGGCAGCGUUUGGCAGCAUCUAUUAUUGGUUUAGCAUGAUCCAAUUUAAAUAAAUCUCUGGAGCAUAUAUAAUAAAUAUAUGUAGGAGUUCCUGAAUGAUGCUGUGUUUGCCAAACCUGAGUGUUUCACUGAAUCGAUGCUCCCGGUUGGUCUUUGUGUGACGUUGAUCAUCAUGUCUGUAUCACAGAAAUUUGUAUUCGUGUCCGAUAUUUAGUGCCAUGCUUUCCGAUCAGUGCGCUACAGUGUCACAGUGCAACUCGUCUGCAUCCGGUAAGGUUGACUUCACUUCCUGGGGAGGUUUAUUUUUCUUUUGUUCAACUAAGUGGCAAGACAGUAACAUAUAAAACACUGUCCAAGAUCCCACUUAAAUGAGAGAUUCUGUUACUGGAAAGGAGGUGAAACAGCACGGAUGUGGUUUUUAUUUUUGUUUUUAAGUGUCGUUUUUCUUAUUUUUGUAUCAUCUUAGUAGAAGCAAUAUUGUGUUUCUUCAAUCUGAAUCGUUCUCUCUUGUGGACAACCAAUAUCGUGGCUUGUCGGUGAAGUUACACUCAUGUCUGCCUUAAUAAUAAUUUAAAAAAAUACAGUGGAUGGACGAACUGGUGAAAAGCCACAUGGAAAUAGGGCUAGUGAACAACACUUCAUUUGAAAGUGGCUUUAUUCCAGUGGAUUAACCUGUGGAUUAAAGGUGAGCCGUGCUGGUGCUUAAUGAAAAUCCGUCUGAUAAACACUGAAGAACGUUCUACCUUUAAGGACCCGAGGACAGAAAGUUUCCUGAAAGUUUGCCAGAGUCUGGAAUGAAGCCAUUGUUGAAUAAAGUGUUUCUGACUAGUGUUUUGAGAUAAAAGAGGAUAGUUUUGCUUCUGAAUAGUAGGUCUUCUAUGUAGCAUCGAUGUAUGAUUUGUACAUGUACAGUAGCUGAUCCUGUAUUGCAUCAAAAGACUAGUUUGCGGCGAAACUCAGCAGCUGGUUUUCCCAAAAGCAUCUUAAAAUUAACAGGAGUUUUUGUUCCGCUGUUGAUAAAAGAAGCACCAAAACCAUUAAAGCUGAUUCUUUUGUAUGUUUUAGCCCAUUUAUUUAAGUUAAGAUUCACUCUGCACAAUUAAGCACCUCCAAAGACUUAAUAUGGGCAAGAGUUGUGAUACGUGGUCAAGAGUGAACCCAGAGAUUGCUGCUUUUCUUGGUUUCCAAACACAAUAUCCAGAGUUUUAAGACAUGGUUUUACCCAUUAAAUCAUUGUGUUUGUGGGCUGGGACAAAUAAUAGUUCUCAUAAAACCCUGGGAUUGGUGGUAAAUUCUUGUCGGCUUAGACUUUCCGUCCAAAAAAAAAAAAUCUUUGACUUUGGGUUCGACUGAACAAAACCACUGAAACUUUGAUGAUCUAAAGAUGACUUUGGGAAACCAGCUCACAGAACUGGGCUACUUUCAAUUAAUUGACAGUUUUAUCCGUUAAAUUCCAGUUUCGUUUCUACAAUUGUAUUUAAAUCAGCAUUAUUAUGACUUGCAUACAAUAUGCUGCUAGUGCAUGACUAAUUAUUCAGCAAACCGGUGUGCUGUAGUUUCUUGUUGCCUCGAGACGAUCUUAGCAAACCUCUUCAAGCAAAUGACAAAAUGUCGGUUUCAUCUGUUGACUUUAUUUCCUGCACGAGAAGCUCCAAGUACCUUAAAAAGUGCAAAAAAAAGCCAAGGAUUAUCAUCUCCAAACUGUGCAGAUCAUGGUUUAAAGCGAACGGAAAAGAUGGUGCAGUGACAACGUGAUGUAACGCUGCAGGAAUCGCCUCCAUUCCUCAUCACGAAAUUAACAACAUGCUGCAAAGGAACGCCUCUUAUAACGGCUCGUUUAAUGCUCAGUGAGAGCUUCAUUUUUCUGCCUUUUUAAAGAUACUGUCAGGUAUGUUGUAAAAAUGUAGAAAAACAGCAAUGAAAGUGUUUAAAUUACCCGAUUCCACCUGUGAAUCAAAGCUAAAGUUGUUAUAAAAGGUGUUAUUUUUUUGCAGCAAAGAUGCUCAAUCAUUUUCCCCGAUGCCGUUCUUUCUUUCAUACACUCCAUUAAGUACCAAUAGAUGGCUGGUCUGUUGCAUUAAAACUGUACAUAAACCCAAAAAAAUAUGACAGAAGAUAUUUUGUUCUAUUGGUGUAAACAACUUGUGAAUAAAGUGUCAUUGUUGAUGCAGUAUGGAAAUGCAA